AUGGCAGGUUCUUCCAAAAGCGCACGUUUUGGGGACUCUAAGCUUGAGGAAACUUUACGCCAGUGGUACGAUGAACUUGAAAUUUUCAAGUCAAAUGAUGAAGACGUUCAAGAAAUGUUUGCAACAGGUGGGACGGGACGAGACAUAUUCAGAUCCAUUAUGUCUUUGAAAGGAGUAUAUGUGUUGCUCGCAUGUCUAAGGUUUGACAAUGCAGAUGAUCGAGAAGCACGUAAAGCUUAUGAUCGAAUUGUAGCAGCCUCUUGGAUAUUUGAGCGUUUUGUUAAAAAUUGCCAAGACUGCUAUUCGAUAGGAGAAGGCUUGCUGCUCUAG